AUGGGCGCCAAAUGCUGUGCCCCUUCGAGUGCCAAACUACGCAGAAGGUUUUUUUCGAACUGACCGUGUAAAAUCUUCACUCGAAGUGGUCGUUUCGAGGCUUCCAUCUAGAGCACGGUCUCCGGGCUCCAUCGACUACAUUCUGAGAAGGCGCAAUUUGAUGAACUAAGUGCAGAAGAACGAAUCAAAGAACCGUGCUUCCAACUUGAUCAACUACACGAUUCGUAUUCUAGUUCGCCAAAGGCGGUUGUUCGAUAUGGCUUCAAAAGUUCUUGUUCACCGCCUAGUCGAUUAUACCUAUAACUAGAACACCGAAUAAACUAUUGAUUUAUUAUUAAACACAUAAUUUCAGACUCGAAGAACACGAAGUCUACCUACCGAGUCGCAGCGUCUCACAGGAUGUCAUGACUCACAACUUCCGAGACUCCAAACGACGCCAUUCCGACAAAAUCGAAAACAACGAUGUCAGUUAACCUCUAGAUGGUAGUCUCCUUUUGUAUCUCAAAGAAUCACUUGAAGCCAGACUGGAAAUAGAAAUCAGGAGACGUUCAGGUGAUCAAAGCUGCCCGAUCCACCAGAAACUUCUCGUCUGGCUGCGUCCUCGAUACGAACAGUACAAGAGGAAGCGAAAACGCCGUCACAGUUUCCGAAUUCUCUUUCUGUGCCACGCGGAAAGAAGGAGACGUCGCACAUCGUGUUAGUUGGUUGAAGCCAGCAAGUCAUUGCUGACACUUGCGGAAGUGGGAAAUGGAAGAAGCGUUCCGAGAUCGCUCAAGUGCAUCAUGGGAACUUGACCUCGAGCUUCAUACGAGCGGCUUUUCAUUCAACUUUAUCCUUACCGAUUUUUCUGAUUUGAUUUUUCUAUCUUAUUAUAAAAUUCUAAAAAAAAGUUUGCUUUCUUCUUUAUGUAUAGCCUGUGUACCACGACUUGGAAUUUCACGGAACGACAUUCCGCUGUGCCGCUGCGCGCCUUUGCGAACCUUGGUCGCACUUUUAAUUUUUUUUUUUUGUUCAAGGUUAUAUACUCUCAUGUGCUCCCACAGCAAUAACAAUCAAUUCAAAGCGUGACAUAGAUUCGAAAGACGCUUCACGAACGCACGCAGCGGAACAGCGGAAUGUCGUUCCGUGAAAUUUCAAGUCAUGGAACACAGACUAGUAGUUUUCAUCAAGAGUUUCGUCAACCUUCUUUGGUCAUAAAUUUUAAUUUGAAGGUAUUUAAUGUGUAAGGAAUAGCUGAUUACAACAUGAAGACUUUGUGAGCUUGAACUUGCAGUUUUUGAAAAAGCAGUCUCAAGGCUCUAGUUUCUGGCAUGAUGAGCGAAACUUCGCCAUGUUUCUUUUCCAUAUGUAGGCUCAAUUUCGUUAUAGUCUGUGUGUCAUGACUUGAAAUUUCUUUGAACGACAUUCCGCUGUUCCGCUGCGUGCGUUCGCGAAGCGUCUUUCGAAUCUAGGUCACGCUUUCAGUUGAUUGUUAUUGCUGUGGGAGCACAUGAAAGUAGAGUACCUUAAUAAAAGAAAAAAAGGGUCAAAUUGGUCACAUUCCAAGUCGUCGUACACAGGCUAUACAUGAAAAAUUGACUUUCUUGUAUAAAAAUAAAUAUAAAAUAUAUAUAAAAAGAAGUAAGUCGUUUAAAAAAAUAACUUUUACUGAGUGGUUUAGUACGGGCUCGAUGGGGGCGCGACUCAACGACGUCUCCGGCAGAUCGGUGGUUCGGCCGAGGGGCAGCCACAGCAGCAGCCAGCCGCCCCUCAUCUCCUACGACUACAAGUAGGCGACCGCCAUCAAGGAACUUCAAUUUCGACCUUGCAGUUCAGAGUCGGUUCCUCUGAACGCCGUAUCGAGUACCGAUACCACUCCGAAACGCAAAUAUUCGACGACGACGAAAAAAAGUUCUCAAUCGUUUACUUCUAAUUCUUAACUGAUUAGAAAUUUUUCUAGGAAACGCGAACAGCUGGAAACAUGGAUGUGCACGCAACCGGUCGCACUUCGACGGUUGGAACAGAAAGAACGAGAGGUCGCGUGGCUACAAGGUCAGUUUCUAAGGGAAGUUUAUUCGAAGAAAAAGUUAGGAUGUUAUUAGCUCCAAUUGGAAAGAGUUUUCUUUGAGUGAAGCUCAAAGGAGGCUUUACAUGGAUUGGAGCUUGAACCUGUACGGAUUUGGAAAGAAAAUAUUUCAUAAACUUGUAUAUUUAUGGCUUCAACUCUGUAUCAAAAAUGAAUAAUAACGAGAAAACUCUGAUGACUCGGACAUUGGUAACGCGAAACGAACGCGAAUCGGACGUGUCGGGGCAUUUCUGGUGAUCAAUUUAGUAACGUCAGCACUCUUAAGUGAUCCCUAGAACUGAUCCGAAACCUCCGGAGCAAUUCCGUUUCGCUUCACCAAAGCCCGAGAAAGCGUAAUAAAAAAGAAUAGAGUAAUUUAAAGCCUCAUAAAAAUUACUAUCGACUCAAUUCAACCAAAAUUUCUCACAUCAAGAAAUGAUUCAAUUUGGACUUACUCUAUUACAAUUAAAUUAUCUAUAGUCAAUGUUUCCCGACUUGAAAGGCGAAGGAGGCGGGCAAGGGGCGGGACACGUAGCGUGUGCGUACGCGGUUCUUGGCACGUGUUCAAUUCAAUUGUCGCCGACUAUUUAAAAAAAGCUCGGCAACCGCUCUUUUUUUCAAUGUUUUCUGCUAUUUUUUUGACGCACACAUGAACAUAAUCAAUAAAUAAUUGAAAAAAGAAUGAAAAAAAAGCGAAAAACGGGCUUUUCAAAGAGUAGAUAGCGGUUAAAUUGAACACGUGCCAAGAACCGCGAACGCACACGCUACGCGUCCCGCUCCCUGCCCCGCCUCCCUUGCCUUUCAAGUCGGGAAACAUUGACUAUACCUAUGUCCAAAAAUCCAUUUUUGGUUCUAAUCAUCCCAAUCACACCUCCUAUUAUUGGUUCCUUUUUUGUCAUUCCCUGUUCACUCUAUUGAACACAUCGUGGCUGAUUUCAAUUGCUAAAAGUUCAGAACUUUUUUUUCGAUAUGAUAAAAGGAAAACUCUCACGCCAUUUUUAGGCGGCGCCCCGCCUAUACUUUUUCCGUAAAGUGUAGUGUGUCGUGUGCAUGCACCGCGGCGCUCUCGCACGUGCCACGUGCAUGCACAGUAAUUUUCUUUUCUACUGGAAGUUGAUUUCUGUCGCCGUCGAAUUGAAACCGUGAAACGGCUGCGCGUCAACCCAUGGAAAUUUUUUUUCGAAAGUUCUUUCAAAAUCAUUGCUCAACCAUUUUGAGCACUUCUACGAAUCGAUAUAAGUCAAUUGGAUAAUUAUUCAAAACGCAAACCUAAAAAAAGAAGCGUCAAGAGGCACUUGUCGAGAAAAAUACGCUUGUCGAACACAUUGCGCAAACUUUGAGAGCUGCUUUUUCAGCGGACCGCAAAGUCUUUCACAAAAACUUUUAUCUUUUCAGUUUCUUCAGACCUCAUCGCUUAAUCUCGUUGCCAAUUAUCUUUUCGUGCGAGCCGAAAAUGAUGUUUUUUCUUUCUUAUUUAAAAUUUAAAUGGAGAAAACUUGCUGCUCAAUGUAGCAACCAGUAUCGAAAAACUACGAUUUAUAAGCUCGAAAGCACACAGGUGGCGUUUUGUGCUGGUCAGUUGCUCGUUAGGAAAGUAAAGUCGAGACUUCCUUCAUUCUUGCAAGAUAUCUUCUAGUUUUGUUCAAUUCUCAUCCCUCAAUUCUUUUUUUGAUUACUUCGAUAAUCAUUUCAUUUUAACGCUAUGCAACCCCGCCCAUAAUUAAAAAAAGAACACUUCUUCCGCUUCAAAAGCACGUCAGCGCCUCAUUUGUACUCUAUCAAAGCAUUUUUUGUGUUGUUCGAGCGGUUUGAAACCUGAUAAGGUCUGCAUACCCAACACUCCGGAGCUGGCUAUCUAUGUGCUACGGCGCUCGCUCACUUGCAACUCGGCCAGAACCCAGCUUUUUCCUCCUCAUUCAUUCCGUUUUACUGCGACAUGGACGAUUACGAGGAGAUCCGCUCGAGUACGUGGAACUUCAUUGAAGACUCCCAACUCGUCACUUCCCACAUAAUGUCGUCUGCAGACCCAUUCAACAGGUAUACCUGAUCAAAACCCUCGUUUUCUCACGCAAUUUCCAAUCACCCAAAAGAUCGUUAGCGCAAUUCUCCCAAGCCCUUUCACCUCUUUCAUCCAACCGUUUAACGUUCAAAAAUUUUUUUUUCAUAUUAUCGAAAUAAAAAGCGUGUAACAUUUCUUAUGCCGUGUUCAAAGUAAUUUCCGCGAAAGGCAAAAUGGUCUCUGACUAUCCAAAAUUUAGUUAUCUUUUCCUUUCUAUGACGGGUAUUUUGGAUUUUUUAGCGCAGUCACUUUGAACACGGCAUUAGGCUCUAAUUUUAAAUAAAGGCGCUGAAAAAAUUUACAAGCUUCAUUUAUGAUAUUUUUCUUUUAUUUGUAACCAAUUUUUCACAAUCUGAUAAGCGAUGAACGGUGACUAAUUCUGUCGCAACACGGCUCUUGGCAGGAAGCGAAAAUACAAACUGAGCGAAGAAAAAAAGUGGAAAAAAACAAUUAUAUCGUUAUUUAUCCGACAAAAAUCUCAAUAACAUUAGAAAAAUUGAUUAAAGACCUAUCACAAAUAAAAAAACAAAAUAAGUUUUAAAAAGACGUGCGGUGCAUGCAACACCAAAUCGACGCCACGCCCAUCGCAACUGCGGAAAAUAAAAUGUGUUGUACGCAGUGCACGCAACGCAUAAAAAGCCACGCGCAAAAGGCUAAUUGGAGUGUCUUUAUGACUAAAAUCAUUUUUCUAGCUGUUAUUCAUCCAGGGAUUGCCGAAACAAGAUUCUAAAAUAUUAACAUUCUAACAAGGUAACAUCUUGAACUCAAAAGGAGAGAACAAAUUUCUUGUAGAACUAAUAUUCUAUUUUAAUCACCAAAACUUUUCCCUGACCUUUAAACACUGACAUCUCGACCUCUCAAAACAUGCGCAUGUUUAGGAUUGCGUUUCGCGCUAAAAUCCGCUUUGCGACCGCAAUGAGUCACCCCAGAAUACGUGCUCCUAUCUCAUUUCAUUUUGAUAUACGGGGAUACAACAUUACACAAUUUAUCAGAGUAUUCAUAAGAAAAAAAGUCCUACUCCUUGUCUUUUCUGAACCGUGCUCCUUUGUACCCCAUAAACCGUGAACAAAUUGAAACAUCCAAAGGAAGUACAUAGGCCGGUGACGCCGCGGACGCCGACCGCCACAACCACCUCGACCUACUCGUUCCACUACGUCGCCAAGCGAGUCUCCUCGGGACAGUAUCGCACCAGCGUUGAAGUCGAGCAUUCGCAGCGGACAAGCGACAACUUCUACACUUCCGGCGACGACGACGUCGCGUCGCCAACGAUGCUGACACCCGGUCGACGAGUUUUAGCCGACGGAAACUCUUUCCUCCAUUCUGUGGAUCGUAGCCUCGACCGCAUCUCUCCGCAACAGAGACUUUCGCAGUACUCACUGCAUAGCAUUGGCGGUCAGUCCAAAAAAAGUUAUAAUUUUUUUUUUCAUUUUUUUUUCAAGCACUUUCGUGCAGAUUGUGGAUGUAUAGGGGUGUUCUAA